CUCUUGCACGUGAGCUCAUCGGCAAAAAGUAGAGAAAAAGUAGGGGCCUUGACUUGAAGGGAAGUGGUGGAUCAGGGCUAGUUCCAGAGGCGUGCCGAGCGAGCGAAGGAGGAGAGGGAUGUCUUACGACGUGAUAGCCAGUCAGCCCAUCGUCAUAGACAAUGGAUCUGGGGUCAUAAAGGCUGGCUUUGCUGGGGAAGACUAUCCAAAGGUUCACUUCAACAGCUACAUUGGGAGACCGAAGCAUGCACGGGUGAUGACAGGAGGGCUGGAAGGAGACAUGUUCAUGGGACCCAAGGCAGAGGAGCACAGGGGGUUGCUGAACAUAAAGUAUCCUGUGGAGCAUGGAAUAGUGACAGACUGGAACGACAUGGAACAGAUAUGGACAUACAUAUACUCGAAAGAGAUGCUAGCGGCAGCUGCAGAAGAUCACCCAGUGUUGCUGACUGAGGCCCCCCUCAACCCUAGAUCAAACAGAGUCAAGGCAGCAGAGGUAGACUCUGACUUCUUUUCUUUACAGUCACUCGCAACCUUUGUGUGUGGGUUUUUGUCACAGGUCUUCUUCGAAACGUUCAACGUCCCAGCACUAUACAUCUCCAUGCAAGCAGUCCUCAGUCUAUCUGUAGCCAAGAUCCUGGCUAUUCUAUGCAACCGGUCGCACAACUGGAGUGGUGCUGGACUGUGGGGACGGAGUGACGCAUGCAGUGCCAAUCUACCAGGGGUUUGCCCUCCCCCACUCCAUAAUGAGGUCGGACAUUGCGGGCCGAGACGUCACCCGCUACCUGAAGCUCCUCCUGAGAAGAGAAGGCCUUCUCUUAAGACCACCUCAGAAUUUGAGAUUGUCAGAACAAUGAAAGAGAAAGUAUGCCGAGUCACUCUGAAUCCUCAGAAAGAUGAGCAGAUUGACCAGGACCCCAUUCCAUAUCAGCUGCCAGACGGCUCUGUGGUGCAGAUUGGUCGCGCCAGUUUCCGGGCCCCGGAGCUCCUCUUCUAUCCUUACCUCAUUGGAGAGGAGAGUGAGGGGAUCCAUGAGGUGCUGGCAUACUCCAUUAGGAGAUCAGACUUAGACUUGAGAAAAACAUUCUACUCUAACAUUGUCCUAUCAGGAGGCUCGACCCUCUUCAAAGGAUUCGGUGACCGGUUACUCUCAGAGAUCAAGAAGCUGACUCCAAAGGACGUCAAAAUCAGGAUAUCAGCCCCUCAGGACCGGCUCUACUCCACCUGGAUGGGAGGCUCCAUUCUCGCUGCACUGGACACCUUCAAGAAGAUGUGGGUCUCGAAGAAGGAAUAUCGAUGACAAUGGAGCACGAAUCAUAGAUCAAAAGACCUUCUAGAAUCAUUUGUUGUUGGUGCACGAAUAUGCCAGUGAUGUAUACAUAAUGAAUGAGCUAAUGUUUGUCUGUACAGAGCAAUUUUGUUUUCUUUUUUAUCUGACCCCACCGCAGCAAUUAUGUGACAAAAAAUUUGCUGCCGUGCUUUGUGCUGAUUCAGCGUUUUCUAGUUAGAGCGCAGUGUGUGUGAGUGAUGUCCGCCGCGGGUUCGGAAGACGAAGACUACCAUUCGGCAGAGGAGGAGAGGGAAGCGGCGGUCACGGAAGAGAGGGACACCACAACAGACGCUGCGGAUGUUUCGAGAGGUUUGCAGGAAGCAACGCUGACGGAGAAAGAGAGCGAGAGCAAAGAUUCCUCGACAGAAAAGGUAGCCGAAAAGGCACCAGAAGAAUCGUUAACGGACGAGGAGAUCGCGGAGCGGAAGGAGCAAGCAGGCCGGCUGAAAGCGACUGGAAACGAAACAUUCAAAAGAGGAGAGUAUGCAGCAGGCUGCAGGGUGCUAUACGACUGCAAUAGAGAGAUAUCCGUCCUCUGGUUGUGCACACGAGGUUGCCGUGUGCUACGCCAACAGAGCCGCCUGCCACCUCAAACUGGAGGACUAUCAGAGUGUGGUUGAUGACACUACUAAAGCACUGGAACUGAAGGAGGGCUACAUGAAGGCUUACAUGAGGAGGGCACAGGCACAAGAGGCUCUGGAGAAGUACGAGGAUGCUCUAGAAGACUACAAGAAAGUACUGGAGUUGGAUCCCUCUCAGAUGGUGGCAAGAAGAGCCCUAAUGUACCUGCCGGAGAAAAUUUCAGAGCAGCGCGAGAAACUCAAGGAAGAAAUGCUAGGUAAACUGAAGGAGUUGGGGAAUGCCGUGCUCAACCCGUUUGGACUAUCAACAGACAGCUUCCAAUUCCAGCAAGAUCCCAACACCGGAGGCUACUCUAUCAAUUUCAAAAGAUAGCAUACAUCUAUUCUGAAUGAUGCUUAUAACAUCAAUGAAAAAUCGAUGGCCCGAUGAAAGCUGUGUAAUAGCUGCUCUGUGACAAUAGAACGAUAAUGUUCAGUGCUCAAAGAUACAAAAAGAUGCAAAUGAUGAAAAAAGAUGUGCUGCUGAAUAAAUCUUGUGCUGUAUUACUUUCCCCUAUGCUUGUAUAAAUGGGGUGUGUCAACCAUAGUACUGUAAAAUGGAUCACUCCACGACAAUAGUAGAAAUGGAGUGAGUCAGCUGAGCAGGUGAGAUUCGUUGCAGAGAGAUAGAGAAGGGUCUUACCACCUGAUGAGGCGGAGAUACACUGGAGGCUCUGCUACUGCUGAGACCUCCAGAGCUACUGACAGAUUCCGAGUAUUCUACCUGUGAGGGCA